AUGAGUGAUAUACGGAAGUGGUUCAUGAAAUCACAUGAAAAAACCAACAAUGCUGCCGCCGGUAACUCCAAACCCUCCAAUCCACCGAAACCUUCGCCGGUUAAACCCGACCCGGAGAAAACGGUACCUGAAGGUCAAACAAGUUCGGUUAGAAGGAAAACUAGCAAAUAUUUUGAUAAGGAAAAAUCAAAGCCGAAAGAUGAGAUUGAAGAAACACAAGCGCUUCCGGCUAAAAGGAAGACUGUGAACGACAGUAAUGAAGAUGAUGGAAAGAAGUUAGCUGGUUCAACUCCUACUAAGAAAUUGAAGAGUGGUUCAGGUAGGGGGAUCCCGCAGAAGCCUGUGGAUUUGGAUGGAAGUGAUGAAGACAAUGAGAAAGAUGGCGUGUCUCCUAUCAAAUCUGGUGGUAGGGGUCGUGGUGGAAGAGGAGCAUCGACACAAACAACUGGUGGGAGAGGCCGAGGGGGUGGUAGGGGAGCCCCCAAGAAAUCUGCUGAUUUGGAAGAAAGUGAUGAAGAUGAUGAGAAAAGUGCUGCUAAAUCUGGUGGAAGGGGUCGUGGUGGAAGAGGAGCCUCUACGCCAGCAUCUGGUGGGAGGGGCCGAGGAGGUGGUAGGGGUGGAUUCAUGAAUUUCGGUGAAAGAAAAGAUCCACCACACAAGGGUGAAAAGGAACUCCCUGAAGGUGCUCCUAACUGUUUAGCUGGUUUAACGUUUGUAAUAAGUGGAACACUAGACAGUUUGGAACGAGAAGAAGCAGAAGUUUUGAUUAAACGCCACGGUGGCCGUGUCACCGGAUCAGUCAGCAAGAAAACAAAUUAUUUGUUAUGUGACGAAGAUAUUGGGGGAAGGAAGUCUGAAAAAGCUAAAGAGCUAGGGACUUCAUUCCUCACAGAGGAUGGGUUGUUUGAUAUGAUCCGGGCAUCAAAACCCGCAAAAGCUCCUAAGCAAGAUGAAAGCAAGAAAUCUCUGAAUAAGGCUGUUGCAGUGCCAUCCCCGUCAAAAGUUCCUCUGAAAGCAGAAACAAAGGCUGUUGCAAUGCCAUCCCCUUCAAAAAUUCCUUUGAAAGCAGGAACAAAGGCCUCUUUGUCUUCAUGCUCACCUUCCAACCAAGUGAAGCUUAAGAAAGCUGCUACUGUUCAGUCUAAUGUGAUGUGGACAGAGAAACAUCGACCUACAAAUCCAAAGGAUAUCAUCGGGAAUCAGUCACUUGUUUUACAGCUUCGAAAUUGGUUAAAAGGUUGGCAUGAGCAAUUUUCUAACAUAGGUGGUAUUAAAAAAGGAAAAAAGCAGAAUGACUCUACUUCCAAAAAGGCUGUCUUGUUAAGUGGAACCCCCGGUAUAGGCAAAACAACAUCAGCAAAGCUGGUGUGUCAGGAGCUGGGUUUCCAGGCCAUAGAGGUAAAUGCCAGUGAUAGCCGUGGAAAAGCUGAUAGCAAAAUUGAAAAAGGAAUUAGCGGAAGCAAUUCAAAUUCUAUCAAGGAACUUGUGACGAAUGAGGCCCUUGGCCCUAAUAUGAAUAGGCCAAAGCAGUCCAAAACUGUGCUCAUUAUGGAUGAAGUUGAUGGGAUGUCAGCUGGUGAUAGGGGUGGUGUUGCUGAUCUUAUUGCUAGCAUCAAGAUAUCAAAAAUUCCCAUUAUCUGCAUUUGCAAUGACCGUUACAGCCAGAAAUUAAAAAGCCUAGUGAACUACUGUUUGCUUCUUAGUUACCGGAAGCCUACAAAGCAACAGAUGGCAAAGAAGUUUAUGGAGGUUGCAAAGGCUGAAAGGCUUCAAGUUAAUGAGAUUGCUCUUGAGGAAUUAGCAGAAAGAGUUAAUGGAGAUAUGCGAAUGGCACUAAACCAGUUACAAUAUAUGGGCCUCUCCAUGUCAGUUAUCAACUACGACGAUAUCAGGCAGCGCUUACUUACCAAUGCGAAAGAUGAAGACAUUUCACCAUUCACAGCUGUUGAUAAGCUUUUUGGUUUGAAUGCUGGAAAGAUGAGAAUGGAAGAGAGGAUUACUCUUAGCAUGAGUGACCCUGAUCUUGUUCCUCUACUUAUCCAGGAAAAUUAUGUUAAUUAUAGACCAAACUCGGUUCAUAAGGAUGACAGUGGUGGUAUAAAACGCAUGCAACUGAUUGCCCGUGCUGCCGAGUCUAUUGCUGAUGGCGAUAUAGUGAACGUACAGAUUCGCAGAUAUCGACAGUGGCAGCUUUCUCAAACUAGUUCUCUGGCAUCAUGUAUAAUUCCUGCUUCAUUGUUACAUGGGCCAAGGGAAGUACUUGAACAGGGAGAACGAAAUUUUAACCGAUUUGGUGGUUGGCUGGGGAAGAAUUCGACAAGGAGUAAAAACAUGAGACUUAUGGAUGACCUGCAUGUUCACAUUCUUGCAUCUCGCGAAUCUAGUUCGGGAAGGGACACUAUUCGCCUGGAAUACCUUACUCUUCUUCUUAAAAAAUUGACAGAACCUCUCAAAGUCCUUCCUAAGGCUGAAGCUGUCGAGCAAGUUGUGGAGUUUAUGAAUACAUACUCAAUCAGUCAGGAAGAUUAUGAUACUAUAGUAGAGUUAUCAAAAUUCAAGGGUCAUCCUAAUCCACUAGAUGGCAUACUGCCUGCUGUCAAGUCAGCCUUGACAAAAGCAUACAAAGAGCAAAGCAAAACUCGGAUGGUUCGAGCUGCAGAUCUAAUUACUCUUCCUGGAAUUAAAAAGGCACCUAAAAAGAGAAUUGCUGCUAUAUUAGAACCGGCUGAUGAAGAAGUGGAACAAGGUGAUGGUAACAAUGCCUUGGAUGAGAGUGAAGAAGAGAACAACUCUGACGCAGAUGAGUCAGGUGCUGCAACUGGUGAGAAGCUGAAGUCAGAACUUCAAAGUUUGAAUUCAAAGGGCAUGCAAGUACAAUUGGAAUUAAAGGGAACUGCAAGUGCCAAAAAGGCAUCUGGUGGUAGAGGUAAAGGUGCUUCAGCAUCUGGGCAGAAAGUUGCUCAAACGGCAAAGGCUCCUGCAAAAAGAAAAAGAUGA